AUCAUAAGUUCUCAUCAAAUAUUAAUUAUCAAACAAGAAUAGAAGAGUGAGAAGAGAGAAAAAGAGAUCAGUCAUGUCUACUACACCAGAAUGGAUCAUGAUUGGAGGAGAAGGUCCUGAGAGUUACAAUCAGCAUUCCUCGUAUCAGAGAGCGUUGUUGGAAGCUGCAAAAGAAAAGAUGAACGAAGCAAUAUCAGCAAAGCUCAGCCUUGACUUGAUCUCUGAUCGAUUCAGUGUAGCGGAUUUCGGUUGUGCAAGUGGACCAAACACUUUUGUGGCAGUCCAAAACAUAAUAGAUGCUGUAGAAGACAAGUACCGUAAAGAAACCGGACAAAACCCGGCGGAUAACAUCGAGUUCCAAGUCCUCUUCAACGACUUUACCACCAACGAUUUCAACACUCUCUUCCAGUCACUUCCUCAGGGCAGGCGAUACUAUAGCGCCGGGGUUCCUGGUUCUUUCUUCGAACGUGUUCUUCCUAAGCAGAGUUUCCACAUUGGAGUUAUCAAUUACGCGUUCCAUUUCACCUCCAAAAUCCCCAAAGGGAUCACGGACCGAGACUCUCCUUCGUGGAACAGAGACAUGCACUGCACUGGCUUCAAUGAAGCGGUCAAGAAAGCUUAUCUUGAUCAGUACUCAGCCGACACCAAGGAGCUACUAGACGCUAGAGCUGAAGAGCUUGUCCCCGAGGGAUUGAUGUUGAUUUUCGGAUCGUGUCUAAGAGACGGAGUUAAGAUGUCUGAGACCUCUAAAGGAAUAGUGAUGGAUUUCAUUGGAGAUUCUUUCAAUGAUCUUGCUCAACAGGGUGUCAUCGAGCAAGAUAAGGUGGACUCUUUUAGCACCCCACUCUACAUUGCAGAAGAAGGCGAGAUAAGGCAAAUCAUAAAAGAGAACGGGAAGUUCACUAUCGAGGCUUUUGAGGAUAUCAUUCACCCAAAUAGCGAGUUUCCGUUGGACCCAAAGAUCUUGGCCAUCUCCUUCAGGGCCUCCUAUGGAGCUUUCCUAGCCGCACAUUUUGGAGCGGAUGUAAUGAGGAAAGCCUUUGAGCUCGUCGAGGUCAAGGCACGUGAACAGUUUACUCGUCUCAAGAAUGCCAAGCCCGGAAUGCAGUACCUCAUUGUGCUUCGCAAGAACUGAUGAUCCAAAUAUAUUAAUGUGAUCUUUCUAUGUUAAAUUGCUGGUUUUCCAUUGUUAUUUCUCUUUCGUCUCAUGGUGGUUUGCCAUCUUCAUCUUCUGGCUGCGUAUGUUUGAU